AUGCCGAGCCCAAAGUACGGUUGUCCGGGGAAGAUUGCAAUCCCCAACGCAAUGCAACCGGGUUUGCUAGGUCGACCUUCACGUCGAGGCUCGUACAGUCACCUGACGCUGGAUUUUGAUUCCCAUGAACCGUGGUUGAGGUCCUGGCUUGCAGUUCUACCUCAUGUCGAUCUUGCAUCUGCGGACGGACCAGAUCGUGAACAGGAUGGUCUGGGCUGUCCUAGAUCGGCGAUUUGCGGAUGCUUUUGCUCCACCUUGGAGAAGGCUAUCCUUUUCUUUUUCGCUGCACCGAGUGCUACUGCGCCGGUCUCCGCACGACUCCGCAAGGAACAACCUCGAGGCCCAAUCGUGAGUCGGGUCUGCCUUGAUUGGGCUGUACUUCAGAGAGACCUGACCAUCUACCUGCUGUACCACCUGCACUCUCGUACUCCAGGAGUCACGGGUACGCCCCAGUGGAGUCGAUCAGAUAAAUAUCGUGAACGAGCCCAGGAUUUUCACCGCUUGUUAGGAGUCAUCGCAAUGUCAUCAUUGCUGGAGCCGCGGCUAGUUGCCAUUUCGUUUUUUUCUCUUUGGACUUCUCCCUCUCGCCUCGUGCCCCUCCCAUUUUCCCUCCUCCCCUGCGGCACGUCAGUUCCGUAA